AAGAAUAUGAGCUUCCUUCAUGUUCAUCAAUAAUCUUAUCAUUAAUCAACUGAAGAAUCCUAACCUUCUCAUAAAUUGAACUUUCUUCAAAUUCAAAACGUUGACAUAAAAGAAUAUAAAAAAAAAUGGAUGUUACACUUCAACUCUAUUCCAAAUUACAAAGUCUUAGAAGGAAUGUAUAACUAGCUUCAACAAGCUAAGACAACAGAUAACAGAGAAAAAAAUGAGGAAAUUUUACUUCAGUGUAUUCUAAUUAGUGUCCAAGCACCACUAAGUCUAAAACUUGUAUAUUUUAAAAAUUAUAAAAAGUCAGAUGAAUAAUGGCUACUAGUUAGUGAAUUAAUGCCAACCUUUAGGACCUUGUAAGAGUUAUAGUAAAUGAGUUUAUAAUUUCUACAUCAAUCAGCUUAUAAUAAUCCUUGGACUGAAUAAGAAGAUUAGUAUUUGCUUGAAAUUAUAUUGUAAUUUAUUGUUCUUAGUUUUUAGAUAAUUUUUAAAAUAGAAAAAAGGUAACAAGUGGAGUAAGAUAGCAAAAGAACUCAAUGAUGUAAGUUAGAAUAAAUUUAUGAGAACACCAAAAUAAUGUAGAGAGAGAUGGGGUAAUAAGUUGGAUCCAUCAAUAAAUCGGUACAAUCAUUUAUUUAUAAUAUCAGCGAAGAAUGGAGUGAUGCAGAGGAUCUUUAUUUCUUACAAUUACUCUUACAACAUGGACGUAGAUGGGCUGAGAUUGCUAUUCGACUUUCAGCUGUAACUGAGAGCAAGAAAAGAACAGAAUUUGCUUUGAAACAUCGUUAUAAAAAAACUAUACUUUGUUCGAGUAUUUCAAGUAAAAAUUUAAAAUAUGAAUUUAGACACCAAAUCAAAUAUUGGGAAUAAAUAUUCUGUAUCGUCUGAUUGGAAUACUAAAGAAGCCAAUAAAAUUAUUGCCAAGAUCUCUUAAUUAGAAAAGGCAAUUGAACCAUCAAAACAAAAUUUAUAUAAUUGUUAACCUUUUAACAAAUAGCUUAAACUUAAUGACUCAAGUAGAUUAGUUCUAAUAAGAGGAUCAAGUAAGGAAGAAAUAGAUUUAUCUAAACUUUUUCAUUAGAUGAAUCUAAUGUUUCUUACUUCAUUAUGGGGUUAAGUUUGAGUAUUAAAAAUAUAUCACAUAAGAAAAAAUCAUUCAAUAUCUUUAAUCUUUAGC